ACAAUAAUGAUUCAUGCCAAUUAUCUCAAUCAUUUCAAUCAUUAUGGCGGUCUAGAAUUACAAAUUAUGGUUUUACUCGAGAUUCUUAUGACAUAGAUUCUAGUAUGUCGACCACUUCUAAUAAUGAAUGUAGCAUACCAGUAGGAGAAACUAAUUAA